AUGAAACUGUUGGUGCUUUUAGUUGGCUUGAUCGCUGCUGUCUCUGCAGCGCCUAGCAAGGACUACAUUGAAUUGGCCCGUGGAGGACGCGUGGUCGGUGGAAUCAAUGCCCUCCCAAAUGAGUUUCCUAGCAUUGUAUCUGUCCAACGUUUGAUUUUGACUCUAUCGGCCCAUAUCUGUGGUGGUACCGUCAUUAACCAGCGAUGGGUCCUGACAGCUGCUCAUUGUAUCACUGAAUCGCCUGAGAAUGCUCGGUUCGCCAUUUGGGCCGGUUCACAUGAUAUCACCGUUACGGAAAGCGCCCGCCAGGUGGUAAACGUGGAUAUUUCUAUCGUUCAUCCAGAGUACCUUGGUGGAGUGAAUCCAUCGGAUGUGGCCGUCAUGCGUUUGGCUAGCUACUUGAACUUCAACAAUUUCGUCCAACCAGCCAAUCUGCAACCGGCAGGAUCAACUGCUCAGCCCGGCCCAGCAACUCUGGCCGGAUGGGGCAGCACCUCCACCACCAACAACCCAUCGAUGCCCGCCAUCCUGCAGAAGGUUGUGAAACCAAUCAUUGAUUACGAUACUUGCGUCCAGGCCAAUGGCGGCGAAGGAAACAGUCCCCUCGGAACAACCAACGUUUGCACUGGCCCUCUGACCGGAGGAAUUUCGGCCUGCUCUGGAGAUUCUGGCGGCCCACUGUACACCAUUGCCAAUGGUGUGCAGACCCAGGUCGGUAUUGUAUCCUGGGGAUGGAUGCCAUGCGGUUCUAUUGGACGCCCAUCUGUUUAUGUUGGUAUUUCUCACUACCGCUCUUGGAUCGAUUCCAAUUCUGUAUUGUAAAA